GAGCGGAACACGUGCUGUGUUAUUUCCUGGAGCCGCACAUUGUCGUGUUAGCAACUUAGUGCUGUGAAGGUAGAGCGAAGCAAUCAUGCCGAAGAAAGCAAGCAGAAGAAAGCAGUUUAAUUACAACCAAGACAGAAAGAAGCUGAAGAAGAAGUUCCUGAAAAAACAAGCGCCGAGGAUCGAAAAUUCACAGAUCCGAAAUGCGUGGGACAACAGGAAGUCCAUGGCCAGGAACCUGCAGGAGAUGGGACUGACAUUUGACCCAAACCGCACUCUGCCAAUAAAGAAACAGAGGAUCCUUCCUGGAGGGACAGGAACCACUGCUCCUGUGCCCACCGUGACAAAGCCAUACGUUCUCCACCAGCUGGAAGAGGAGGCCAGUCGUCCAGAGAAAGACACCAAGACCUUGUCCACAGACCUGAUGGAGUAUGCUCAGCACAUGAUCCGAGAGCACGGCGACAACUACAAGGCCAUGGCCCGAGACGAGAAGAACUACUACCAGGACACCCCCAAGCAGAUCAAGAGGAAAAUCGACGAGUACAAGCGCUGCCAUCCGCAGCAUUUCGCCGCUUUCAUGACCUCGCUGGCGAGUAAAUAGACAAUGCUGGUGCCCAGGGACGGACCCUGCUGUGGACUUGUGAGAUCACCUCAGAGGGGGGAAUGUUUGUACGCCGCCCAUCGACUCUCCAUCGCUCUCAGUCUGAUGUGGAGAAGCAACAAUGCAUCAAGUCAGACUGUGACCCAAGAAGACACAAAACAAAAUGGACAUAAGGAGUGUACAGGAGAGUAGAGUGAAAGAUGAGGAUGCCUAUAACCUCAGCAAAAGUUCAGCAUUUUUCCUGUUUUUGGACAUUCGGCUGCCAUUCUGCUGUUUCCCUUCCUCUUGUGAGUCCCUGGUUUUAGUUUGUUUUUCCAUUUCGUUGUUAUCCCGAUCCCUCCACUGUACACGGGUCACUUCUGUGUGAUAAGAGUUGUAGUGUCUAGAUGACUGCUAAGGAAUUUUUAACGUAUUGUUUCAAGAAUACUUUGAAGACCAGACUGUUCUUCAGAGACAUUUCCAGGAUGAACAAUAUCUUUGAGAGGGAAUAUAUGGUGAAGGAGACUUCCCUUUCUUUUUUAUAUUGCUGCGUCAUCCUCAUCAUCAUCAGAUAAUCCCACUUGUUUCCAGAACUUUCCUGAAUCAAGUGUCAUUUCCUCGAUCCCAGUGGGUUGAUCUGCCUUAUUCU